UGAAAGCGAGAGAGAUGAAGACUCUUGACGCCGCGCCGUACUGAUAAUUCCGUUUUAUUUGUAUUAUAUAACAAAGAAGUAGCCAUCUCCAACUAGGCAUUCAAUGUUGUAACUGAACAAAUUAAUACAUUUAGAUGAGGACGGUCCAUACGGUAUUACACCAUAGGUUUGUGCAACGAAAAGGAAGUGUGACUGGCUAAGCGGCAUCACUGGGUACUCAUACAUUAUCUUUAAUUGCCAGUGAUAUCAGGUGGUGAUCUAGCCUCUGAUAGCGAACAUGGCAAGACUUCAACCGUACAAUAUACUUCCGUGCUGCACAAUGCCAACUCUCCAAUUCACCUUCUGUCCUGAAAGCUAGAAACUUCGGAAACACACUCGCGCGCUUGCCGAUAUCUGAAGAUUUAUGGACCAAAAUGUUGUACGAGUUUGUAGCAGUCGUGGUUGUCGCAAUGUCAGUACUGACGUUCUGGGACAGCGCACCCGUGGUCACAGUGGAGGAGGGUCAGGUGUCUGGCAUCGCUGAGAUCUCCACGAAGGGCAAGGAAUUCUACUCCUAUUAUGGCAUCCCCUUCGCCAAGCCUCCUGUGGGGGAACUCAGGCUCAAGGAUCCGGUUAAAGGAGAAAGGUGGGAAGGUGUGAGGGAUGGAUCGAAGAGGCCCUCCUCGUGUCUCCUCGUGCCUCUGGCUUUCUCUGUCAUGGGCAUUAUCAAGGCUCCAGAGGACUUCUACGGGGACGAAGACUGCCUGUACCUCAAUGUCUUCACACCAAAAAGAGUAAAGCCUAACAAGAAACUCCCAGUGAUGGUGUGGAUCCAUGGAGGAUCAUUUCUCGCUGGCAGCAGUCAUGAGUACCUGCCUCAUGUCCUCAUGAGCCAUGACAUUGUGCUUGUAAUUUUGCAGUACAGACUUGGUAUAAUGGGAUUCCUAUCCACGGAGGAUGAAGUGAUUCCAGGGAACUUUGGGCUGAAGGACCAGACUCUCGCCCUCCGCUGGGUGCAGGACAACGUCCACGGCUUCGGAGGAGACGCCGACAGGGUCACAAUCUUCGGGGAGAGUGCUGGGGGCGCCUUCGUCCAUUUUCAUAUUCUGUCACCCAGAUCAAGAGGUCUCUUUUCCCGUGCCAUCAUGCAGUCGGGGUCGGCCUUGGGGUCGUAUGCUCACAGGGAAGACCUCAGACUCGUGGCGCAGGAAGUAAGCCAAGCCGUCGGCUGUCCCGGAAGUGCCAGCAGCCAGGACAUCCUCGACUGCCUUCAGCAGGUGGACGCACGCAAAUUGGCCUCUAGAUUCCAGGAUUACUUGAAAUGGUUCGUCUUGCCACUAGUUACGGUGCCUCGUGUUGAUGGGGACUUCCUACCGGAUCACCCCGCGCGUCUGAUGCGUGACGGGGACUUCAACCAGGUGGACCUCAUGGCUGGCGUCACGAGAGAGGAUGGGGCGUUUGCAACGAACCCAAUGUUAGUUCGAAAGGACCUCUUCCCAGCCUUACAAAACAACUUCAGCAUCUUCGGGCCUAUUUGCCUCUCGCUCGGAACUGAAGUUGAAGAUCCGGUAGGCCUCAGCACCAAGGUCUUCCGACACUACCUGGGAAACUUAACCAUCGACCGCGACCACAUAGAAGAAAUCACGAAGUUAAGCACGCACUACACGUUUGCCAUUCCACACGACCUGACGACCCUCUACCACGCCCGGGUCCCUGGUCUCCGUACUUUCCGCUACGAGCUCAAACAUCGAGCCCAGUUGUCCAUGGGAGAUUACUUCAAAACAGAUAUAGGGCGUCACUGGGUUCCUCACGCUGACGACCUGUACUACCUGUUCGCCGGCGGGCCGCUCCUCGUCCGCAGCCACAUGCCUCAUCGCCCGCGGGAUCUGCAGAGCGAGGAGGACCUCCGCCUCAGAGACAUCAUCACGACUAUGUGGACGAACUUCGCUGCCACGGGCGACCCGACCCCCGACGACUCCCUGGGCUUCAAGUGGGAGGCGGCGACCGAGGACAACCUCCACUACCUUGCCCUCAAGCCCUCGCCCACCAUGGAGGCCGAUCAGCGACAAGAGGCGCGAGAUUUCCACGCGUCUCUCCCAACGAAGCAGAACCAGCUCCUUCACCCCGAACGCGUCGUCCCCGUAGGAGCCAACGAGUAAGACGGAGGCGUUGCAGCGAACGCAUCUUCGGUCACCGCUCUUGGACCCCACCGCCUAGUUUCCCGUGUGCUUCGGAUGCAGCUGAAAUACCCUCGGAGGACGACGGCGGCCUUUGGACCUGUUUCGGACGGCGCCUAACAAUUGCAAGUAUCCACUCCAAGGUGCCGAACUAACAAACAACAAACAAGUAAACAAGGUCCACUCCUCAGCAUGCGGAGUUUUUUUCCGUGUAAGGUUAACCUCGCCGGACCAAGCGAAGGUAGCGCAGACGAGAGACAAAGACGAGCCGAGACGGACAGCAGCAAUUUUCAGGUUAUGUAUCCCACAUUGCACGCUACUGAUUAUUCCCUCGUGUUCAGGAACUAACGCGAGCACUAGUGACAGUGCUAGUGAGACGUAUAGUGACUGUGACUGUGAUCGUGGUUUGUCGUGACCUUAAUUGACUGUAAUCGUGAGCAAUUCUGACCGUGCAUGACCAUCAGUAAUUGGUGACUUACAUAAGACUGAUAUGAACAGUAUUUGCGUGCAGUUUUUCAUGUUUUGUUUCUUUUAUUUUUUAUCUUGAUUGCCAAUUUCCUUUAAUGUUGUUUGUUGAAUGUUAUGUAAUAUACUAUUUGAAUAAUGAAU